AUGGUAUUCCCUGGCCUAGAUAAAAUUCCUAUGCCUCCUAGGAGCAAAACCACUUAUUUCUCAAAUCAUAAAAAGGGAGAGGUGGGAGAGCUGAGACUCCUCCUGAGGAGGAUGUUGCUGGAUUCAAAAUCUCCAUCAACAACAGAAAAAAUCGUAUCUCAGAUAAUUGAACCAAAUGUGGAUCAUUUCAAAGUCCAAAAUGAACAAAAAAGAAGAAAUGUAUUAAAGAAACUAAUAGGAUGUAUGACACUUGGAAUUGACCUAUCUUCACUGUACACAGACGUGGUAAUGGUAUCGCAAACUGAUGACCCAGUUCAAAAAAAGAUGAUUUACCUAUAUUUAUCAAAUUAUAGCAUGGAUAACCCAGAUUUGGCAGUUUUGGCAAUCAACACACUACUAAAGGACGCAGAUAGCCCGGACCCUGUAAUCAGAUCACUCGCGCUGAGGAAUUUAUCAUCAUUUGGAACAAACCUGUCAAAUGAAUACGCAACGAUGUCUGUUUUAAAGAAAAUGUUUGACCCGUCGGAUUCAGUAAAAAGGACCGCAAUAAUAGGAUCAAUAAGGAUCUUCAAGUCAAAUUGUAGUACAUACGGAAAGGACUUGAAAAGUACAUGUGAUUUGUUGGAAGAUCUAAAAACAGCACUAAGGUCUAAAAAUGUACACGUAAUGGUUGACGCAAUGUGCGCAGUAUCAGAAAUAGCAGAAUAUGAUAAGAAAAUACCCCUAACAACACCGUCAGUAAUAUACUUAACAAACUGGUAUGCAAACAUGAAACAAUUAAUUUUUAGCCUUAAAGAUAUGAAUGAAUGGGAACAAUGUUAUAUUCUGGAGCUUUUGUGGACAUACACACCAUCAGACAAGGACGAAAUGUUUGACCUUAUGAACCUAUUGGAUGACAAACUAAAGCACAACUCAUCAGCGAUUUUUCUGGCAACAGCAAAAUGUUUUUUAGUGUGGACAAAAAAUGAUCUAUUUCUUCAAUUGGAAGUUGUUAAACGUUUACAAGACCCGUUUCUAUCCCUGAUAAAUCGCACAAGAAGUGAAAUUUCAUACGUUCUCCUAGCAAAUAUACUGUCCCUGAUAGUAAACGGGAUUAUAGCACUUAAGAUACCGAGUCAACUGUCAUUUUUGAUGGAAAAGAUUUCUGAUAUUUACAAGUUCAACCUCCCGCAUUUAAACUCUUCAGUUCUUCAUGUAAUAAGGGCUCUUUUCUCAGUGUAUCCAGAGAGGGCACCUGAGCUUUUAGAGAUCGUCAAGGAGCCCUCAGAGUACAUAACAGACCCUGAGGCUAAGUCUCAUCACAUAUCAAUUUUGGGAGAUUAUGGAUAUGAUCUGGAACACACGCCUUAUACACUGGAGGAUUACAUCGAUGACCCUGAUCGCACUGAAGACAUGACUUUGGAACUCCUUCCAGCCUCAGUAAAGGUGUUUCUGAAGAGACCAGCAGAAAUGCAUAAGGCUCUGUCAAGACUUUUCGAAAGCGUUCUGGAAUCUAGUGACUAUAACCUGGCAAUGUCGGGGAGCUUUUACUAUAACUUGCUUUAUUCAGGAGUUGAGGAAGCUGAAAAAAUUCUGUUUGAAGACGAAAAUGACCGAGUUGAGUAUGAUAAGGAUUUUUUGCUGGCCCAGGACUACUACUUUGUGCCUGAUCCGGAGUGGAGGGAGCAUUUCAACACAGUUUACGUUCUUAGUAACUGCUCUGAUUUUUACAACUCCAACAAUCCAAUAUUCUUCCCAUUUGAGCACAAGGAUGUCAAAACUGAUAUUUUCAGAGAGGAAAGCUUGAGAAAAGUGGUUGAGAACUACUCUUCAGGCUCAAUCGAACCAGGAAGUGAGUAUGAAAGAGUUGGACAGAAUCCAGAGAGUGCUAAUACCGAAACGUUACUGUUUGAGGAGCUUGAGAAUGAAGUUAGGUACUUUAACCUCGUGGUUCCUGAAACUAUAUCGGAAGAGGACUUCCAAACUGCUUGGCUGGAAUGUGAACAUUCAUACUCUACUGAAAUGGAGUUGUACCCGAAUGAUUUAAACGUUGAGGACUUUGAGGGCUUAUUCGCUAAACUUAACAUAAUGACAUUGGCUUCAAGUGAUAAGGACAGUUAUAGUAAAAUGUACAUGUAUACUCAAGACGAGCAAGGGGCAAAAUAUUACAUUGAAGUGAUUAUUAAAGGGGGUCAAAUAAAGGUCACAAUAAAGGUUAAAGAGACGAAUAGUAGCGAGUCGGCCUUACAGUCACUCUCGGAGAUUCUAUGCGAUUUCAUUAGUAGAUGGCUCACUCGAUAA